UUCAGUACUGUAGCGUAGACUCUGUUUGGUAGGUGAGGUUAAUAAGUGAGUGCGCCGAGAAAAUUACCGUUGGUUCUGUCAGUUUUUUUAUUACCAAGGAAUUUGAACUGUUUACUCGGUUUUCACAUGUGCUUUUCUUCUAGUUCUUGUGGAUUUUAACUCAAGGGGAUGCUGAUACGUAUACAGGCGGCCUUCCUGGUCGCCAUAGUAUUUUUAUAUAGGGAUACAUUAGCACAGAAUUCGACAAAUAGUUUAUUUAGCUGUCCAGCAGGAUGGGAACUACGGGGUCUCAACUGUUAUAAAUUUUUCAAUAUUAGGCAUUCGUGGGAAAAAGCGGCGGAACUUUGUAGAAGAUAUGGUAGUGAAUUAAUGGCAGUAGAAUCAUAUAGUGAAAAUAACGUAACAGCAUCAAUAGCGACGUCUUCAGUGCCACUAGAAAGGCGAGGUGCCAACCAUUACUGGCUGGGUCUCUCCUCAUUAGAUGAUUUAAGGACGAACACUCUUGAAUCCGCUGCUGGUACCUUAGUAUCUCAAUAUUCAGGUUUCUGGUCUCCCAACCAACCCGACCCACAAUCCGGAGAGUGUGUAGACGUUAUCGUAACCGAAGAAUUCCAAUCAUGGGAACUAACCACUUGCGAAAGCCUUCAACCCUUCAUGUGUCGAUCGAAAGCAUGCCCAGCGGCAUCAUUCCACUGCUCAAAUGGGUUGUGCAUAAACGAAAAGUUCAAAUGCGACAAACAGGAUGAUUGUGGAGAUGGUUCCGAUGAAAUCGACUGUGCCACCAACUGCAACUUCUAUUUGGCCAGUAGUGGGGAUGUGGUUGAAAGCCCGUACUAUCCACACAAGUAUGCACCACUGACCAAUUGCAAAUGGACGCUAGAAGGACCACAAGGUCACAACAUUCUUCUCCAAUUUCAAGAAUUCGAAACAGAAAAGACCUUCGACACAGUCCAGAUUCUAGCAGGAGGAAGAACUGAAGACACAUCUAUCAAUCUAGCUACCCUUUCCGGAAAACAAGACCUUACUAACAGGUCAUUCGUCUCAGGCUCUAACUUUAUGAUAAUUAAAUUUAGUACAGACGCUUCGGUAGAAAGAAAAGGAUUCCGAGCUUCUUGGAAAACAGAACCACAAACUUGUGGUGGAACGCUUCGAGCUACUCCUCAAGGACAGGUUCUUACUUCUCCUGGAUACCCUGAACAAUAUCCAGGAGGUUUGGAAUGUUUGUAUGUAAUUCAGUCACAAGGAGGAAAGAUAAUAACUUUGGAAGUAGAUGAUUUGGAUUUGGAUGAUAACCGUGACUUUAUUUUGGUGAGGGAUGGCGAUUCACCCAAAAGCAAACCAAUUGCUAGGCUAACUGGAAAGUGGGAGAAUAAUCAAAAGGUGAUUAUGUCAACAGGGAAUCAACUAUAUGUUUACUUUAGAACACGUUUAGGCGACUCAAAACGAGGAUUCAGGAUCAGGUAUACACAAGGAUGUAAAGCAACAAUUGUGGCUAAAAAUGGGACUAUAUCAUCACCAGCUUUCGGUUUAGAAAACUAUCCUAGCAAUCAAGAAUGUAUGUACAAGAUUAGAAAUCCUGGAGGCCAACCCUUAUCCUUAAAUUUCCCACAUUUUGAAGUCGACAAAUCAGAUUUUGUACAAGUUUAUGAUGGAUCGACCACCAGUGGAUUACGAUUGCACUCAGGAAAUGGAUUUACAACAGGAACAAAACCAAAAAUCACCUUAACUGCUUCAAGUGGGGAAAUGCUAGUCAGAUUUGUGACAGAUGCUUUACAUAGUAACGAAGGAUGGGAAGCAGUAUUUUCAGCUGAUUGUCCACCUCUGCAACCUGGAAUUGGUGCUUUAGCAUCUAGUAGAGAUACAGCCUUCGGAACCAUCAUUACGUUUAGCUGUCCUACUGGGCAAGAAUUUGCAACAGGUAGAAAUCGUAUAACUACUCAAUGUUUGCCUGGAGGAAACUGGUCCAUAAGCUACAUCCCGAAAUGCCAAGAAGUCUAUUGUGGACCAGUACCUCAAAUUGACAACGGAUUCUCAAUUGGUUCGAGCAAUGUAACCUACAGAGGUCAAGCAAUGUAUCAGUGUUAUGCAGGUUUUGCUUUUCCCACAGGACAAGCUAUUGAACGGAUAUCUUGUUUGUCUGAUGGUCAUUGGGAGAAAAAACCAAAUUGUUUAGCAUCUCAAUGUGCAACAUUGCCUGAAGUUCCUCAUGCUAAUGCUACCAUUUUGAAUGGCUUAGGCAGAUCAUAUGGUACAAUUAUGAGAUACGAAUGCGAACCUGGAUACAUCAGAAGUGGACCACCUGUAAUAUUGUGCAUGAGUAAUGGAACUUGGUCGGGAGAUGUACCGGUUUGUUCACGUGCAAAAUGUCCCAAAUUCCCAGAAAUUCAAAACGGCUUCAUCACAGACAUUUCUAGAGACUACUACUACAACGACGAAGCACGUGUUCAGUGUUACAAAGGCUACAAACUUAUCGGCAACAGCAUCCUUAGAUGUGGCGAGAACCAGAUAUUUAAUAAUCCUCCCAGAUGUGAAGACAUCAACGAAUGUAUCAGCAGCCAAUGUGAUGUUGCUUCCACGGAAUGUGUGAACGUCCCAGGAUCUUUCCAUUGCAAGUGCAGAAAAGGAUUCGAAAGCACACAAGAAUGUAGACCAGUUGGUGAUUUGGGGUUGGUUAAUGGAGGAAUUCCUGAUGACUCGAUUACUGUGUCUAGCAGUGAACCAGGAUACGAGAAAUCGAUGGUUCGACUCAACGGAGCUGGCUGGUGUGGUAACACCAUCGAGGGAGGAUCCAAUUGGGUACUUAUUGACCUUAAAGCACCCACCGUUAUCAGAGGUUUCAGAACCAUGGCAGUUCAGCGAUUAGAUGGAAACAUAGCCUUUACUUCAGCAGUCAGAAUACAAUACACCGACGAUCUCACCGACGUUUUUAAAGAUUACAGAAAUCCUGAUGGAUUAGCUGUUGAGUUUACCAUCGAGAAACCAACCUUAUCUAUUUUAAAUCUUCCUGUACCGAUAGAAGCCCAGUUUAUCAAAUUUAAGAUUCAGGACUACGUAGGUGCACCUUGUUUGAAAAUAGAAGUAAUGGGUUGCACAAGGCUAGAGUGUGCUGAUAUUAAUGAAUGUGCAGUUAAUAAUGGAGGAUGUCAGCAGAAAUGUGUCAAUAGCGCAGGAGACUAUUCUUGCAAUUGUAAUGUUGGUUUCGAGCUCUACACCCAAAAUGGAACGGCGUCAAUUUACGUAGAGAAUUCUGAAAAUGGUCACAGAGAUGGAGAUGUGUAUCAAAUUGACAAAUCUUGUGUACCUGUCAUGUGUCCUACACUUACGUCUCCUGAAAACGGAGUCAUAUUAACCACCAAAGAUAAAUAUCACUUUGGAGAUCUAGUCAGAUUCCAGUGCGAUUUCGGUUAUGUCAUGACCGGAUCAACGUCUCUACUUUGCACUUCUUCUGGUGUAUGGAACGGAACAGUUCCAGAAUGCAAAUAUGCUCAAUGCGUGUCACUACCUGACAACAAAAACGAAGGACUAAAAAUAAUACGCAAUGAUGAAGACAGUGUCCUUGUACCUUUCCGAGAAAAUGUAACAUUGCACUGCAGUACUAAUGGAAGAGAGCUAAGGGGUACAGCAACUGCCGGAUUUAGACAGUGUGUAUACGAUCCCAAAGCAGGUUUUCCUGACUACUGGCUUAGCGGAGAUUUACCUUCUUGUCCACGAGUUGAUUGUGGUGUACCACCACCAAGUCCUGGAGCAGAGUACGGCCAGUACGUAGACACUAAAUACCAAUCAUCGUUCUUCUUUGGUUGCCAAAACACCUUCAAACUGGCUGGUCAAAGUAGUAAACACGACAACGUAGUCAGAUGUCAAGCUAACGGUGUUUGGGACUUUGGAGAUUUGAGAUGCGAAGGCCCAGUAUGUCAAGAUCCUGGAAGGCCCAGUGAUGGUUUCCAGAUCUCAAGAAGCUACGAACAAGGAUCAGAGAUUUCAUUUGGCUGUAAUAGACCUGGAUACAUACUUAUCAACCCAAGGCCUAUUACCUGUGUAAGAGAUCCUGAAUGUAAAGUUGUAAAGCCUCUAGGAAUAGCUUCUGGAAAGAUCCCCGAUUCAGCUAUUAACGCUACCAGUGAAAGACCAAAUUACGAAGCUAGAAAUGUACGGCUUAACUCCGUAACCGGAUGGUGUGGCAAGCAGGAAGCAUUUACCUACGUCAGCGUCGAUUUAGGGAAAGUGUACAGAGUAAAAGCUAUAUUGGUUAAAGGAGUUGUUACAAACGAUAUCGUGGGUAGACCUACUGAGAUUAGGUUUUUCUACAAACAAGCAGAUAAUGAAAACUACGUAGUUUACUUCCCUAACUUCAAUUUAACCAUGAGGGAUCCAGGAAACUAUGGAGAACUUGCCAUGAUAUCUUUACCCAAGUUUGUGCAAGCUAGGUUCGUUAUUUUGGGUAUAGUAAGUUAUAUGGAGAAUGCUUGUUUGAAGUUUGAAUUGAUGGGUUGUGAUGAACCCGAGAAGGAACCUCUACUGGGAUAUGAUUAUGGAUAUUCUCCUUGUGUUGAUAACGAAACUCCAGUGUUCCAAAGUUGCCCACAGCAACCAAUUAUUGUCCAAAAAGACGUAAAUGGUGGACUGCUUCCCGUAAACUUUACUGAACCAACUGCCGUGGACAAUUCAGGCAGUAUAGCCAGAUUGGAAGUAAAACCAGCAAGUUUUAGAACUCCGAUGUACGUGUUCGAUGAUAUGGUUGUCAAAUAUGUAGCUUAUGACUAUGAUGGAAACGUAGCCAUUUGUGAAAUCAACAUAACUGUCCCAGAUAAUACUCCACCUCAACUCAGCUGUCCUCAAAGUUAUGUAAUCGAAUUGGUUGAUAGGCAAGACAGCUACGCUAUUAACUUCAACGAAACGAGAAGAAGAUUAAACACCAGUGAUGCUUCUGGUGACGUACACAUCACUUUCAUCCCAGAUAAAGCGACCAUUUCUAUUGGAGCUUUUGAAAAUGUGACGGUUAUCGCUGCUGACAAGUAUGGCAACAAGGCAUCAUGUCACUUCCAAGUAUCAGUACAAGCAACACCUUGUGUAGAUUGGGAACUAAAACCUCCAGUUAAUGGGGCGCUUAACUGUUUACCAGGAGAUAAAGGACUACAAUGCAUCGGUACUUGCAACCCAGGAUUUAGAUUUACUGAUGGAGAUCCAGUGAAGACUUUCAUGUGCGAAACCAAUGGUCCUUGGAAACCUAGCUCUGUUAUUCCAGAUUGUGUAUCAGAAAAUACACAACAAGCCGACUACCAUUUUACCGCCUCAAUUAACUACAGAGCAAACGGAGCAGUAGCUAACUCCUGUUUGAACCAGUAUACUGAACUUUUGGCUCAAUACUACAAUAAUCUCAACACUCAAUUAUCAGACAGAUGUUCAGCAGUCAACGUAAAGAUGAAUGUUACCUUCAUCAAAUCUUUAGCUACCUUAGUUGAGGAGAAUGUAGUAAGAAUUGAUUAUAUUCUGGACAUAGUUCCUUUAUACAGGCAACCACAAAUCUACGAUUUGUGUGGUAGUACUCUUAAUCUAAUGUUUGAUUUAUCAGUUCCUUAUGCGAAUGCCGUUGUUGAACCUUUAUUAAAUGUGGCUGCCAUCGGCAAUCAGUGUCCACCUCUUAAAGCUCUAAAAUCUACAAAUGAAAGAGGCUUUACUUGUAACGUUGGCGAGGUACUUAAUAUGGACACGAACGAUGUACCAAGAUGCUUACAUUGCCCUGCCGGAACCUUUGCUGGUGAGAAACAAAAAGAAUGUACCUAUUGUCCAAAAGGUUUCUAUCAAAAUAGAGACAGGCAAGGCUCCUGCAACAGAUGUCCUCAAGGUACUUACACCCGCGAGGAAGGAUCAAAGAGCGUCCACGACUGUAUCCCUGUUUGUGGAUAUGGCACCUACUCCCCUACAGGAUUAGUACCUUGUCUCGAAUGUCCAAGGAAUAGUUUUACAAGCGAACCGCCAACAGGAGGAUUCAAAGACUGCCAGGCUUGUCCUGCGAACACAUUUACAUAUCAACCAGCUGCUGCAGGAAAGGAUAAAUGUAGACCAAAGUGUAGUCCUGGUUAUUACUCACCUACAGGCUUAGCGCCUUGUUCAAUGUGCCCCAAGAACUUCUAUCAAUCUAUUACAGGACAAACCGCCUGCAAUGAAUGUCCCAGUAACAUGAAGACAGAAGGACCUGGAGCCACAGGAAGAGACGAAUGUCGCGCUGUCCAGUGCAAAGAAAACGCUUGCCAACAUGGCGGACUCUGUAUCCCUAUGGGUCAUAAUGUUCACUGCUUCUGUCCUGCUGGAUUUACUGGCAGAAGAUGUGAAGUCGACAUCGACGAAUGUACCUCGCAACCAUGUUACAAUGGAGGAUCUUGCAUUGAUUUGCCACAAGGUUAUAAAUGUCAAUGUCCUCCGGGAUACUCUGGUAUUAACUGCCAAGAAGAGCGAUCAGACUGUUCGAAUGAUACAUGUCCUGCAAGGGCUAUGUGUAAAGAUGAACCUGGAUAUAACAACUAUACAUGUCUGUGUCGGUCUGGAUACACAGGAAUUGAUUGUGAUGUUACGAUCGAUCCAUGUACAGCAAAUGGAAAUCCGUGCAACAAUGGAGCCAGUUGUAUUGCUCUCCAACAGGGCAGAUUCAUGUGCGAAUGCUUACCAGGCUGGGAAGGGCAACUGUGCGAGACUAACAUCGACGAUUGUGCUGAGAAGCCUUGCUUGUUAGGAUCUAAUUGUACAGACUUAGUCAAUGAUUUCAGCUGUACUUGUCCCGCUGGUUUCACUGGAAAGAGAUGCCAAGAGAAAAUAAAUAUGUGCAGUAGCAGUCCAUGUAAGAAUGGAGUCUGUAUAGAUAAACUAUUCGACUACGAGUGCAUCUGCGACCCAGGUUGGACAGGUGAUAUAUGUGAAACAAACAUCAACGAUUGCCAACCUAAUCCUUGUCAAAAUGGAGGCCAUUGUGUUGAUGGAAUAGACGAUUUUAAGUGUACUUGUGAACCAGGAUUUACUGGAAAGAAAUGUCAGCAUACUUUAGAUUUCUGUUCGUCAAAACCAUGUCAAAACGGUGCUACUUGCACUGAUUUAGUCGAUGGUUUCUCUUGCAAAUGCAGACCAGGUUUUGUAGGACUUCAAUGCGAAGCUGAAAUUGACGAAUGUCUAAGUGAUCCUUGUAACUCAGUUGGAACUGAAAGAUGCGUCGAUUUGGACAACAAAUACGUGUGCAUGUGCAGAGAAGGGUAUACAGGAAAUGCUUGUGAGAUUAACAUCGACGAUUGUCAGUCCCAACCUUGCCUCAAUGGUGGGUCUUGCAGAGAUGAAGUUGGUUCUUACCGUUGUGUCUGCAAACCUGGAUGGACUGGUGGUAACUGCGAAGUUGAUAUCGGAAGCUGCCAAACCAGACCUUGUCAAAAUGAUGCCAGAUGUAUAGAUUUGUUCCAGGACUAUUUCUGUGUAUGUCCUUCGGGAACCGACGGAAAACAAUGUGAGACGGCACCAGAGAGAUGUAUCGGCAACCCUUGCAUGCACGGAGGAAAAUGCCAAGACUUUGGAUCAGGUCUAAACUGUUCUUGCAGUGAUGGUUUCAGCGGUAUUGGUUGUCAAUAUGAAUAUGAUGCCUGUCAAGUGAAAGCUUGUAAGAAUGGUGCUACUUGUACAAAUGACUUCCCUGGAUUCAAAUGUGUCUGUCCACCUGGAUAUACCGGCAAGUUCUGCGAGGAGGAUAUUGUUGAUUGUAAGGAGAAUUCUUGUCCACCCAGCGCCACUUGCAUAGAUCUAACCGGCAAAUUCUACUGUCAGUGUCCUUUCAACCUUACAGGAGAAGACUGUAGAAAAACAAUUUCUGUUGACUAUGAUCUCUACUUCAGUGAUGCUACUCGCAGCUCUGCUUCACAAGUUAUUCCCUUCUAUACAGGAUCCAAAUCUAGUCUUACCAUUGCAUUGUGGGUACAAUUCACGCAAAAAGAUGAAAAUGGAAUAUUUUUCACCUUGUAUAGUGUGUCUGACAAACAUGUUCCAAAUAAUAGACGUCCUAUAGUACAGGCUCACUCUAACGGUGUUCAGAUCUCUAUCUUCCCUGACUUACAAGAUGUAUACCUAAGUUAUCGGGACUAUACAACAAUAAACGAUGCUCAGUGGCACCAUCUUGCUAUCGUUUGGGACGGAGAAAAUGGUGGAGAGCUUAAACUAAUUACUGAAGGUCUCAUCGCUAGCAAAGUUAAGGGAUACGGAAGUGGAAGGAAACUACCACAGUAUGCUUGGGUUACUUUGGGUAAACCACAAACAGGAAAUCCUAAAGCCUACACUGAAUCUGGCUUCCAAGGACACCUGACAAAGGUACAAAUAUGGGGACGAGCCUUAGACGUUACAAACGAGGUACAGAAGCAGGUCAGAGACUGCAGAACGGAACCAGUAUUAUACAGAGGUUUAAUCUUAACAUGGGCUGGAUACGAAGAUACCAUUGGCGGUGUGGAAAGAAUAGUACCGUCUCACUGCGGACAACGCAAUUGUCCACCAGGAUACAAGGGAUCGAAGUGUCAAGAGCUAGAAGUUGACAAGAUACCUCCAAAGGUUGAGUACUGUCCUGGAGAUCUAUGGAUAAUAACCAAAAACGGAUCUGCUCUUGUAGUAUGGGAUGAACCAAGUUUCAGCGAUAACGUAGGAGUGGCUAAAGUUCAAGAGAAGAGUGGACAUAGACCUGGACAGACACUUUUGUGGGGAAUAUACCAAAUAGCUUAUGUAGCUUCUGAUGCUGCAGGAAAUACUGCCACCUGUACCUUCAAAGUAUCAGUUCUGUCUGAGUUCUGCCCUGAACUGCCUGACCCAAUUGGUGGUAUGCAGUCCUGCAAAGAUUGGGGCGCUGGUGGCCAAUUCAAGGUGUGCGAAAUCGGCUGUAACCCCGGCUUACGUUUCUCACAAGAGAUCCCACUAUUCUACACCUGUGGAGCUGAAGGCUUCUGGAGACCGACCAAAAAUCCCAACCUCCCUCUAGUCUAUCCAGCUUGUUCCUCAGCUAAACCAGCUCAAAGAGUCUUCAGAAUCGAAAUGUUGUUCCCUAGUUCAGUACUAUGUAACGAAGCUGGACAAGGAGUGCUUAAGCAAAAGGUACGACAUGCAGUAAACGCUUUGAAUAGAGACUGGAACUUCUGUUCAUUCUCUGUCGAUGGUACAAGAGAAUGCAAAGAGUUGAACAUUGAUGUUAAAUGCGACCACAGAGCUGGAAGACAGACCAGACAAGCUAGUGAAGAUGAAGAUGGUGGAACUUAUGUUAUUAAGACUGAUGUGCCAGUUGAAAAAAGUUCCCGACAAGGCAGACAGUCGUCCAGCGACACCUACGACAUUGAAAUCACCUUCCCAGCUAUCAAUGAUCCUGUGGUCAAUAUAAACACGAAUGAAAGGACGACGGUCAAAGCUCUCUUAGAGAAACUCAUUUUGGAAGAAGAUCAGUUUGACGUUGGAGAUAUUCUACCCAACACAGUGCCUGAUCCAUCUUCCCUUCUUCUUCAGUCCGACUACGCUUGUCCUGUUGGACAGGUUGUUAUGGCGCCAGAUUGUGUUCCUUGUGCUAUCGGUACCUACUACGACAAGGACACCAAAACAUGUAUAUCAUGUGCCAAAGGCUACUACCAAAGUGAAACUGGCCAGACUCAAUGUAUCCAAUGUCCAGCUAUAGCAGGUAGAUCAGGCGUCACUGUAACCGUCGGUGCUCGAAGUGCAGCAGAUUGUAAAGAACGCUGUCCCGCUGGUAAAUUCUACGACCAUGAAGCAGGCCUCUGUAGGAGCUGUGGAUACGGUUUUUACCAACCCAACGAAGGAUCCUUCUCUUGCGAAAUCUGCGGCCUCGGCAAAACUACACGAACCAACGAAGCAGUAUCGAUUAAGGAAUGUAGAGACGAAUGCGCUAAUGGUCUACAGCUAGGAAUCGAUGGUAAAUGUGAACCGUGUCCAAGAGGAACCUACAGAACCCAAGGUAUCGAAUCUGCUUGCCAGAUGUGUCCCUUGGACUAUACGACGCAGAAAACUGGAGCUGUCACAAGAGAGGAAUGUUCUUUGCCUGUGUGCAAACCGGGUACAUACUUGAAUGGAACUCUGAACAGAUGCGACGAGUGUAAGAAAGGAUUUUAUCAGUCAGAAUAUCAGCAGACUUCCUGUAUUCCGUGCCCUCCAAAUACGAGUACCAAAGGACCUGCAGGAACCAGCAAAUCCGAGUGUACCAAUCCCUGCGAGACCAAUGAUCCUGAAAUGCAAUGUGACGUCAACGCCUACUGCCUCCUCAUCCCCGAAGGGCCGAAGCAGGGCGAAUUCGACUGCGAGUGUAAACCUGGCUUUAACGGUACCGGCACAAUCGGUAACUGCUUUGAUGUCUGCGACGGAUAUUGCGAAAACGAAGGCACUUGCGUCAAAGAUGUUAGAGGGCAGCCAUCGUGUAGAUGUAUUGGCAGCUUUACUGGAAAGCACUGCGCAGAGAAAUCCGAAUUUGCUUAUAUUGUCGGUGGUAUUGCUGCUUCCGUCAUCCUUAUUAUCUUUAUCGUACUUUUGAUUUGGAUGAUUUGUGCAAGGGCAAGCCGAAGGAAAGAACCAAAGAAACUCCUCACUCCCGCCACCGAUCAGAACGGCUCCCAAGUAAACUUCUACUACGGAGCCCCAACUCCGUACGCCGAAAGCAUAGCUCCUAGUCAUCACUCCACAUACGCACACUACUACGAUGACGAAGAAGACGGCUGGGAGAUGCCCAACUUCUACAACGAGACCUACAUGAAGGAGAGCUUGCACAACGGAGUCAACGGCAAGAUGAAUAGUUUAGCUAGGUCUAAUGCCAGUAUAUAUGGUACAAAAGACGACCUCUACGAUAGACUGAAACGCCAUGCCUAUCCUGGCAAAAAAGAUAAAAGUGACAGUGAGAGUGAAGGUCAAUAAACUAAAUCUGGUCAUUAUCUGUCAAUGCUCAAGUAGCAAAUAUCUCUAGUGAAUAUUAUAUUAAUGCAUUUUUGAUGUAAGUACCAUACGAACGUUUAAUUUAUAUUUACACGUAACUAGGUACAUUUUGUAAUAUAUAAAUGAACAUUGUAUUUGUUGAACUAUAUUUUACGUAUAUUUAUAUUUCAUAGUGGUAGUUCUGUAAAUAUUAAAAUUGGUGGGGACAUAUACGUAACUUAGUACGUGAUUAGUUUUUUUCUACGAGUUAUAACUUCCACAAUACCUAUAGUCACAGCCGAGAAAAAACGCGCAAAACGCCGCUUGAGCAUCUUCCAAUGGAGUAAUCAUUCAAAAAGCUCAUUUUGGCACCCCCCAAACUCGGGUCCCGCCUGCAGUGCAUCCCUUGUAAGACAGUUAUCACCGGACCUGAAAAUAUCCUCUCUGUAUGAUUGAAUCAGGAUCUGUGAAUACUGUUCAGCCGUGCUUCUUCUUGGCGAUGAAUAUAAUAUACAGUUCUAAAUAAUAAUACUCUGAAGUAUAUAACUAUGUAAAAAAAGAUUAAGUACAUCUACAUAGGUUAUGGUUUGAGUUAAGAUGUACCCACAUUCCCGUUGUUUUUACGUGGUACUACGGUUUAGAAAGUGACAACUUUAUUAUACCAAUAUCACUGACUUUGUCACCUUUUAAACUAUUUCAAAGUAUCUUAAAGUUUAAUAACAACUUGUAUGAAAUUAUUUUACUGUUCUAGUAUUUAUUUAUUAAAAAUUAAAUUAUAAGUUUCAAUAUUUCUAUCAUAAAAUUGAAUCUUCUACAUCAAAAGUAUUAUACGCAUCACGUUUGCAGCAGAUAUUGCAGCUAGUUCGAUUCUCUAUAUUAAAAAUUCGAUUACAAAAUACAUUUUAAUGCGUUAAGACCCCGGAUCUUCAAACCACCGUUGUAUUUGAAUUGUCUGUACUAUCCUCACUAUGACGUAUAGAAAAUACUGAUUAUAAAGAACUUUCUUGGCGUGGAUUUUAAAAGUAUCCAUUUUAGUAGAAUAUGUCAAAUAAAUCAUGAAAAUGAUUGGGUGAUGCGAAGCAAAAAUACGCCUAAAGAAAUCCGGCUCAAAGGACCAUACCGAAAAACCGGAGGUUCAUUCACGAAUUUCCUGUUGGACAUCAAACCCUUGUGACGAUCUGCGGAAUUGGAUGUACUUGCAGGAUUUUGGAUGUAGAUUGCUGGUUCUAUUCGUCUUUUGUAGCAAAAAUACGUCUAAAGGAAUCCGGAUCUAAGGACCAUAAAGAAAAAAGUUACGAACAUGGCAUAGAAUUGCACAUAUUGUUUAUUGAUUUCCAGCAGGCUUUCGACAGCAUCUACAGAAAACAGCUAUUAAAAGAAAUGAAAAAUAUGAAUAUACCUGCAAAAUUAAUAAGAUUGACCAGAAUGACAAUGAUGGACACAACAGCAAAGGUCAAAACAGUGGAUGGUGAAACGAAGAAUAUCAACAUAGAACACGGGGUAAGACAAGGUGACAGCCUAUCGACAACGCUCUUUAAUAUAGCCUUGGAGGGAGUAAUUAAAAACACAGGACUAACAAAAAAGACAAUAAUCCAAAGUUCUACACAAAUAAUAGGGUAUGCAGACGACCUAGGGUUGAUAGCCCGUGACAAGAGAAGUCUAGAAGAUGCACUGCUAACAUUGACAAGAGAGGCAAAAAUCAGGGGGUUAAUAAUUAAUCAGAAAAAAACAAAAUACUUAAUAAGUACGAGAAAUCAAGACCAAGUAAAUAGAAUAAAAGAGAUAAGAAUAAGUGAUAAUGUAUUCCAAAGGGUUGACUGCUUUAAAUACUUAGGAGUGAUAGUAGAUGGUCAAAACAGAAGAAACAUAGAGAUAAAUGAAAGAGUUAAAGCAGGGAAUAGGGAAUUCUGGAAAUACCACAAGUUACUUAAAGAUAAAAACCUAAGCAAGAAAACAAAGACAAAGAUAUAUAGAGCGGCAAUUAGACCAGUCAUCACUUAUGGAGCAGAAGCAAUGUGCUUUACAAAAAAAGAUGAAGAAAAACUGAGAAUAAUAGAAAGAAAAAUUAUUAGAAGAAUACAUGGCCCAAUCAAAACAGAUCAAGGAGAAAUACGAAUUCUGAUGAAUCACGAAAUAAGAAAUCUAAUGAAAGGAGAAGAUAUAGUGAGAUUCAUUAAAGCACAAAGGCUAAAAUGGUUUGGCCACAUCCAACGAAGACAAGCAGAUGCACUAAUUAGGCAGAUAACAAAUUGGACGCCAGUAAUAAACAGACCUAGAGGAAGACCGAAAAUAAGAUGGGAAGACCAACUGCGAGAGGAUAUAUCCAAUAUGGAAAUUACAGGCUGGAGAGAAAAAAUACAGAAUAGGAAAGAAUGGAAACAGAUUACAGAAAAAGCAAAAAAACACGAAAAUCUAUAAAGGAUAAUGAAGAGGAAUUAUGCGGACCAAUCCACCGCAUGAAAUGGAUUAAAAGAGCUCAUGAACCUGAGCGACCUAUACUCUAUACUAGAGUGACCGGUCUAUAUAUAUGUCAAAUAAAUCAUGAAAAUGAUUGGGUGAUGCGAAGCAAAAAUACGCCUAAAGAAAUCUGGCUCAAAGGACCAUACCGAAAAACCGGAGGUUCAUUCACGAAUUUCCUGUUGGACAUCAAACCCUUGUGACGAUCUGCGGAAUUGGAUGUACUUGCAGGAUUUUGGAUGUAGAUUGCUGGUUCUAUUCGUCUUUUGUAGCAAAAAUACGUCUAAAGGAAUCCGGAUCUAAGGACCAUAAAGGAAAAGCGGGUGUUUAUUCACGAAUUUCGUAUUGGGCAUCAAAAUCAAACCUUUCUGACGACCUACCUAAUUGGCUGUACUCACAGGAUUUUGGGUGUAGGUUGCUGGAUCUGUUCGUCUCUUGUGGAAAUAGCACCGAAAUAGAAUCAUAUGGAGAAAUAAAAGUACCUGAAAUACCUUUUGCAUAAUCUCUAACCAAAUCAUUUAAUUUUACCGGCAAUAUGAUCGAAUUGGUAUUUAAACGAAUACCAUCCUUCAAUACAAGUCAAGUAUUUGUUGAAUGUAUAUUUGCAGAACUACUAUUCAUGUUGUUAAUACUUAUAUCCCAGUUAAACCUUUGUUAUGUAAAAUAUGUAUCAGGAGGACUGAUUUCUAAAACUACUAAACUGUACCUCGUGUCAUAUUGACAGUUAUUUUGACAGUAAAAUAAGUAAUGUAGAAAAGUAGAUCGUAUGCACACCUCAGAAAAAUCUAAUUUAACGGUUUGAACAACGUUACGUUUAUGUAUUGAAACAAGGUUUGUUGUAGUUUACUUUAAAGUACAAAAAUAUUAAUUACUUUUGUGUUAAGAGUGUCAGAAUAAUCGUUCCUUAUGUAGAAAAACUAUUCUUUUUUCUGUGCCCAAAUAACAUAGGUUUGAUUAUUGAAAUACAUAGGUUUGUUCCAACUCGACACAAAACCGUUCUUGAAUCGUUACGCGCAUGCGCAAUAACGAAUAAUUAUGCGCAGUAACACAUUUUUCGUUACUGCGCGUACUCGUAACCGUUCAAGAACGUUUUUGUUUCGAGUUGGAACAAACCUCAUGUAUACAGUUGAAAUUUAUUAUUAUUCCUGUAAAAACUUUUUUGUUUGUAGAGUUUGUUUAGCAGUAAAUGGUUGACUUAUAGUACCGACUAUAAACAUCCUGGGUUAACAGGUAAUAGUAUAAAAGGCCCGGUUUCAGGUAAAAUUUAAAUAUGUUUGAAUGUUUGUUUUUCUAUAAUCUUAGCAAUUAAAAUAGAUUUAAUUUAUUUUAAAACUCAUUUGAAAACAUUAAUUUUGGGUAUAUAAGACAAAGCAAUAUAUUUUACAUCCGUUUUUUGUUUUUGUCGUCGUGAUUAUUGUAAAUUUUGUGGAUCCUUUGCUUUAUUAUAGCAGUACCGUCUAGUCAGUGUUAAUUAUCAAAAGACCAACUCUGUCUACCUCGUUUGCUUAUCGCGCCGGACCGGUCUUAACAAUGGGCCAAGUCAGAUAAAUUUAAUAAUAUUUACGACCGCACUAAUUGAAGUCAACCAUUUACUGCUAAACAAACUUUACCUAAUACAUUUAUCGUGGUUUGUAAACGGUUUUAGCCCUUUAGUGAAAACAGCAAUUUUUAUUUUCAAAGAAAUUUUAUUCACUAACAUAAUCUCCGAUAGUAUAAUGCCGAUUAUAUCAAUAAAUGCAUUUCAUCCACUCGUCUUCCAGUGCCGUUUUAAUCUAUCAAUGAUGUUUACGAAGUAUGCAAGGUGCAACACCAAUGGCUUCUUUAUUCUUGAUUAUCUUAACCUUAAGAUCUGUUUUCAUCAACAAUUUCGUCUAAAGCAUAAAAAUUGUUAUUUCCUGGGGUAAUUUUCAAACAUCAUUGAGUCGGCUUACCCUAACCUAACUCAACAUUACCAAAACUUUUAUACAAAAACGAUAAGAACUGAUCCUGACGACUUCUAAUUAAGAUUUUAUCAGUAUUAAUGACAUCCAACAUUACUACUACAUUCCAAUAAAUUUUUCCAUUUUAAAUCACCAUUUAAAUCAUAUACAGCCGGAAAAAUGAAAGAUUACUCAUGAACGAUCACAUCAAUCACUUAUUUUGUAGGUAUUUGCUGUCUUUUUCUAUAACAAAAGUUUGUUAUAUAUAGAAAAAGACAGCAAAUACAAAAUAAAGUCUGUUUUAGACUAUAACAUAAAAUAAUAUAAGAAAAUGGUAUACUAAGUUUUGUCACAAUGUAAAACAGGAAACAAAAUUUGUUAACAGAAAAUGUUAUACAAAUUAGAACAUGUCCUAUUUGAUAACAAUUUUUAGUACACAGGCAUGCGCAGUUAGGUUAUUUUCGUUAUACUGUCACAUUGGUUCUUUUAUGAUUAACUUUCCUUUUAAGAAAUGUUGCAAUGGAAGCAGCUGAUAAUAAUAGAGUUUUCUUAUCCAUCAUAUAAAAUAUAUCUUUGUAAUAUAAAAUAUCAAAGAUAAAACUAACUAGUUAAAUGUUAAGAAAAAUGAGGUUAAAAUAUUGUUAAAAGAAAAUAAGAAGAAGAAAAUUGAGGUUAACAGUGCAUGUACCAUCACAAAAAUAUAAAAAAGUACUUUUUUAGGACGUAAUGCGCAGAAUCACGUAACAUAUUUUGAUACCAAAAUGUGACAAUGUAAUACACAAAACUUCUUGUUUUAAUAUUGUACACAAUCAUUUCAUGUAAGUUUUUGUUAUACCAUUUUCUUAUAUCAUUUUAUGUUAUAGUCUAAAACAGACUUAAGUGAUUGAUGUGAUCGUUCAUGGGUAAUCUUUCAUUUUUCCGACUGUAUUUACGUAGAGCCUGUUGAUCAAAAAUCUUCAGAAAUACCUUUCUCUGAUUAUUAUUAACUACAAAUCCAACGAACUUUAUACAACGAAUAUACAGAACUUUGUUUCAAGUAAAUGUUAUAGAAGUAAAAUAUAUUUUGUACAUUUUGUAAAAAUCUAAUGCGUUUAAAUAUGUUUUAUGAAAAUUUGAGUUUUAUAUCCAUUGCGUUGUGAACAGUUCAGCGUAGUUCAUAUUUUGUAAAAAAAAUCAAACGAUCUAUGAAUUAAAAUAUUUAAUUUAAAUAGGAAACAUUUAUAUUUUUAUAUUCUAACUUAGAUUUAUUAAAAUGUGUAUGUAUAUUGAAUCGUAUGUAUGAUAAACAGUGUGAAUAUUUUUAUACUUAAAAGAAUGACUGAAAAAUACAACAGAAAAAAUUG